AUGUCAUCAAUUGUGAAAAAGUUAAGCAUUUGUGACAAAAUACCCGAAAAAACGAAACAAGCCAUCAGUUUAUUAUACGCUUUCGACGACUCGGAAGGGGACAACAUAUUAUUCAUUACCACCGAUGACUGUGUCUACGGUAUGGGCGCCAACACUCUGGGCGCACUUGGAUUGGGACACAAUCGGCUAGUCUUGUCACCACAACUGAUCCCAGAGCUAUCACAUCAAGAGAUUCAACAUUUCGUUAAUGGCUUUGACUUUGUUUUAGCCAUUAAUGCCGAGCGACAGGUGUAUAGUUGGGGUCACAAUAGCAGCGGACAGUUAGGACGCGAAACUCCGCAGUUUGCCUACUAUUUUAAGCCCAAACGCCUGAGCCGUUUCGACUACCGGGAUGUCAUACAAGUGAGUUGUGGUUACUUUCACGCCCUGGCGCUCACCACCGAUGGCGAGGUGUACGGGUGGGGCGCCAACGCCUGGGGUCAGGUAGGCUGCGGGUCCAGCAAGCUUCGCAACAUACCGGCCCCCAUGCGCCUGUGCUUCCCCAGCAAACAUGUCAUAAGCGCUGUCUAUUGCGGGAAAUACACGUCGUUUGCGGUGACGUCGGAGGGACUGGUGUUCAGUUGGGGGCAAAAUCAGUACAGCCAGUUAGGGCACGACAACGACGGACAGUGCGUUUAUGCGCCCAAAUAUGUGAUGGGUGUCCAGAAUGUCAAGACUAUCUGCCCGUCCAAUACAGUCAGUCAUUUGUUAACAACGGAUGGUUUGCUGUACUUUUGCGGUCAGUAUUGUAUGAAUGAUAUUAAUAGUUGUUCGGGAAAGACACCAAAACUAUCGGUCAGAGAGCUCAAGUCCGGUAUUCAAGAUAUGCGACAAGUGGUGUCAUACAAAAGGAAUGUUUAUCAUAAUUUUCAUGACUUUUAUGUCAGUGAAUGCCAAUUGACUGAAAAUCCUAUUGAUUUAAGCGAUGAAAGUGAUGAGCGUUUAUUGAAUCAAUUGUCAAACUCUGGACAGACACCCAGAGAGCAUCUAUACGAGAGUGUGGACUAUCCGGCAAUCAAAGCUAAGAAACUAGAGGCCAGGGAUCAGGAAAUCAAUGCACAAACGGCUACUAAUCUAAUGAAAACUACGUUAAAGACGAGUCAUUUUAAUCCAUUUAGUGUGACAUCAAAGUCUACUCCGCUAUCGGAAAGCCUACAAAUGACUACUAGUAAAGUGAUUGAUAUGAAUAAAGAUAGUUCGCUAACUAACGUGACUGAUCCUGAUGAGACAUUUGAUGCCAAAUCAAUAGAUUUGAUUGAUUUGCUGGAAUACCCCGAAAGGAGUCGACAGGAAUUACUUGAAUAUCACAAUAAACUGCAGGAAAACAUUGAAAACAAAUUCAUUGAACCAGAGUUCGUAACGAUUGUGGACAACGAGGACUCGGGUUAUAUCAAUGAAACUGAUUGUCAGGUUAUGGCCGAUGAUUGCCAACUAAAUCAAUCCUCUGAAUACGAGCCCUUAAUCACAGACUUUGUUUAA